AUGCCUCGCAAGGCCAUCGACUCGCGCAUCCCCGCGCUCAUUCGCAAUGGCGUGCAGGAGAAGAAGCGCAGCUUCUUCGUCGUGGUGGGCGACCGCGCCAAGGAUGUGAUUGUGCAUCUGCACUACAUCAUGUCCAGCGUCGACGUUAAGCAGAACAAAUCCGUGCUCUGGGCCUACAAGAAGGAUCUGUUGGGCUUCACCAGUCACCGCAAGAAGCGCGAGGCCAAGAUCAAGAAGCAAGUCAAACAAGGCAUCCGCGAGCCCAACCAGGAAGAUCCCUUCGAGCUGUUCAUCACCCUCAACCAGAUCCGCUAUGUCUACUACAAGGAAACAGAGAAGAUUCUUGGUAACACCUACGGCAUGUGUAUCCUGCAGGACUUUGAGGCUAUGACGCCCAAUCUGCUAGCGCGGACGAUCGAGACGGUCGAGGGAGGUGGUAUGGUGUUGCUGCUGCUCAAGAGCAUGAACAGUCUGAAGCAGCUAUACACUUUGUCCAUGGACAUUCACUCGAGAUACCGGACGGAAGCACACGAGGACGUGGUCGCUCGCUUCAAUGAGCGGUUUAUCCUGUCACUGGGCAGCUGCGAUUCGUGCUUGGUGGUCGACGACGAGCUGAACGUGCUGCCCAUCUCCGGCGGCAAGAAUGUCAAGCCGCUUCCUCCUCCUGAGUCAAUCGAUGCCACCAAGUCCGGCCCACAGAAGGAGCUGAAAGAGAUCAAGGAAAGUCUGGCGGAGUCGCAACCCGUGGGCCCUCUGGUCAACCUGGCUCGCACCGUCGACCAGGCCAAAGCGCUCCUCACCUUUGUCGAUGCAAUUGCAGAGAAGACCUUGAAGAGCACAGUUGCGCUCACAGCAGGCCGAGGACGCGGAAAAUCGGCUGCCCUUGGUGUUGCGAUUGCAGCAGCCAUUGCUCAUGGCUACAGCAAUAUCUUCAUCACUUCCCCAAGCCCAGAGAACUUGAAGACGCUCUUUGAGUUCAUAUUCAAAGGCUUUGAUGCCCUGGGCUACUUGGAUCAUGUCGACUAUACCAUCCUGCAAUCGACAAACCCUGAUUUCAACAAAGCCAUUGUGCGCGUUAAUGUCCACCGCAACCACCGUCAAACCAUCCAAUAUAUUCAGCCGCAGGACGCUCAUGUUCUGGGACAAGCAGAGCUUCUGGUUAUUGAUGAAGCCGCAGCCAUUCCGCUGCCGAUGGUGCGGAAGCUACUGGGCCCUUACCUGGUCUUCAUGGCCUCCACCAUCAACGGCUACGAGGGUACCGGCCGAUCAUUGUCGCUGAAACUGAUCCAACAACUACGGGAACAGUCCCGCGGAGGUAUCAAGGCCGACGACACCGACGUUGCAGACCGUAGCACAGGCAAGUCUGCUAAGAACGCAGAUAAGAACCUUGGUGGUCGCUCAUUGAGGGAAAUUACUCUGGCCGAACCGAUUCGGUAUGCCCCGGGAGAUUCUGUGGAGAAGUGGUUGAACAAAGUCCUGUGUCUCGAUGCGACUCUGCCCAAGUCCCGGAUGAAUACCCAAGGCUGCCCUCACCCGUCGCAAUGUCAGCUGCUCCAGGUCAACCGUGACACCCUGUUCUCCUUCCACCCUGUUUCCGAGAAGUUCUUGCAACAGAUGAUGGCAUUGUAUGUGGCCAGCCACUACAAGAACACGCCCAACGACCUCCAGCUUAUGAGCGAUGCCCCUGCACACCAGCUGUAUGUGCUCGUCCCGCCUAUCGACGAAGAGGCCACAAAACUACCGGAGCCGCUCUGCGUCAUCCAAGUUGCUCUUGAGGGUCGCAUCAGCCGGCAAAGCGUUCUCAACAGCCUGAGUCGUGGCCAACGAGCCGGUGGGGAUUUGAUUCCCUGGCUGGUCAGCCAGCAGUUCCAGGAUGAGGAUUUCGCCAGUCUAUCAGGUGCUCGCAUUGUCCGGAUUGCGACCAACCCGGAGUAUGUGGGUAUGGGUUAUGGCUCGCGGGCUCUCGAGCUUCUGGUGGAUUUCUACGAGGGCAAGUUCACGAGCUUGUCGGAAGACAUGGCUGCGCCCCAAGAGGAAAUGGUCCGCGUCACAGACGAUGAGCUUGCCAAUUCUAAUCUUUUAGACGACAACGUUCACGUCCGAGACAUUCGCUCCAUGCCGCCGCUGUUCGGCAAGCUAACGGAGCGCCGUCCCGACAUGCUCGAUUACAUCGGCGUCAGCUACGGCCUGACUCCCAAUCUUCACAAAUUCUGGAAGCGCUCCACCUUCAGUCCAGUGUAUCUGCGGCAGACUCCCAACGAGCUGACGGGUGAGCACUCGUGUGUGAUGCUGCGUACUUUGACGGCCGGCACCAACGAUGCCGCUUGGUUGGGCGCCUUUGCACGAGACUUCCACCGCCGGUUUCUGGCUUUGUUGUCGUACCAGUUCCGCGAGUUCCCCUCUGUUCUCUCCCUCAGCAUCUGUGAAUCGGCCAAUGCAGGCGCAAAGCUCGACCCAUCUAUUGUUGGGCGCCCGCUGAAGAAGGCCGACCUUGACGACGCCUUUUCGCCGUUUGACUUGAAACGUCUUGACAGCUACGCCAACAAUCUUUUGGACUACCACGUCAUCCUCGAUAUGGUGCCCAUUAUCUCCGAGUACUAUUUUGCCAACCGUCUCGCCGGCAAGGUCAGUCUCUCGGGUGUGCAACAAUCCAUUCUCCUCGCCAUCGGCUUGCAACGCAAGAGCCUGGAUGCUCUGGAGAAAGAGCUGAAUUUGCCUUCGGCGCAACUCCUCGCCAUGUUCCUGAAGAUCAUCCGCAAGGUGUCUACCCAAUUCCGGGGUUUGGUCGAAGGUGCUGUCGCCGACACCAUGCCCGCCGAUCAGGUCCCCUCGGCCAUCUCUGCAUCCGGAGCUCACGACGAUAAUCACGUCUCUGAAGACCGGUUCAAACCACUAGAGACUGGCCUCGACGAGGAACUGCGCCAAGGCGGCCAACAGAUCGACGAAGAGAUGCGCGAGAAACAGCGCGCACUGAUUGACGCUCUCCCACUGGACCGAUACGAAAUUGACCACGGCUCCGCGGCCUGGGACGACGCGGAGAAACAGAUCCGCUCUGGCGGUGGCUCCACCGUGAGCGUCAAGGGCAAGCCGUCGAAACGGAAGAAGGGCGAGACUGCGCGCGAGAUCUUUGACAAGGAGGUGGAUUCCAAGCGGCAGAAAAUUAUCAAGAAGGGCACGGAAGGCCGCAAGAAAUAG